AUGAAAUACGUGCUCGUGUCUGGCGGCGUCAUCAGCGGCGUGGGGAAGCACGUCUCGUCGAUCAAGGUCGACCCAUAUCUCAAUGUCGAUGCGGGGACUAUGAACCCCAAGGAGCAUGGUGAAGUCUUUGUCCUCUCCGACGGCGGUGAAGUCGAUCUCGAUCUCGGAAAUUACGAGCGCUACCUGAACAUUACCCUAACACGCGAUAACAAUAUCACCACUGGCAAGAUUUACCAGCACGUCAUUGAACGCGAGCGCAAGGGCGACUAUCUGGGUAAAACCGUACAAGUCGUCCCUCAUAUCACGGAUGCCAUUCAAGAAUGGAUCCAGAGGGUCGCGCGUAUCCCCGUCGAUGACUCGGGCGAGGAGCCCGACGUUUGCAUAAUUGAACUGGGUGGUACUGUUGGUGACAUUGAGAGCAUGCCCUUUGUCGAGGCUAUGAGCCAGCUGAGGAGACGUGCGGGCAAGAACAAUUUCAUGCAGAUCCACGUCUCGUACGUCCCUGUUAUUCACGGAGAACAAAAGACGAAGCCUACGCAACAGGCAAUCAAAGCGGUGAGGAGUAAUGGUCUGAUUCCAGAUUUGAUUGCCUGCCGUUGCGAACGCGAACUCGAUGCCUCCGCUGUGGAGAAAAUUGCCCAUUUCUGCCAGGUUGAAAACGAGCAGGUCCUUGUUGUCAGGGACAUGCCAUCCAUCUACCAAGUUCCCAUGCUCCUCGAGCAGCAAAAGCUUAUUCCCAUGGUUCGCCAAUUCCUUGCCCUUGAACAAGCCAGAAUAUCUCCUCAGAUGUUGCAAAAGGGCAACCACACCUGGGCACAAUGGCAGUCGCUUACCGGCCAUGAUACGCGGUAUCAUGACCCUGUGACCAUUGCCCUGGUUGGAAAGUACGUCGAGCUUCAAGACUCAUAUCUUUCCGUCAUCAAGGCGUUGGAACACGCCACGAUGCGGUGCAGGAAGAAGCUCGAUAUUCGGUGGGUUGACUCGGAUCAUUUGGAGCCAAAAUGUCAACAAUCAGAGCCCGCCAAGUUUCAUAACGCAUGGCAUGAGGUUGUCAAAGCCUCAGGUAUUCUUGUUCCUGGAGGCUUUGGUCAGCGUGCCACCGAGGGUAUGAUUGCAGCAGCCACUUGGGCGCGCGAGAACAAGAAGCCCUACCUCGGUGUCUGCCUUGGUAUGCAGAUCGCCGUCAUUGAGUAUGCCCGCAAUGUCUGUGGCAUCAAGGACGCCACCUCGGAGGAGUUCAACGGCGAGGCUCAGAACAAGCUCAUCAUGUUCAUGCCAGAGGUUGACAAGACUACCAUGGGCGCAUCCAUGCGUCUGGGUCUUCGCCCAACAUUGUUCCAGCCUGGUAGUGAGUGGUCUCGUCUCCGCGCUCUGUAUGCUGGUAAGAGUGAGAUUUUGGAACGACACCGUCACCGCUAUGAAGUCAACCCGGAUUACAUCGACACCCUUGAGAAGGGCGGCCUGAGCUUUGUUGGCAAGGACGAAGCUGGCGUUCGUAUGGAGGUCAUCGAGAUCAAGGACCACCCUUGGUUCGUCGGUGUCCAGUUUCAUCCAGAGUACCUUUCCCGUGUCUUGGAUCCAAGCAGACCCUACCUGGGCUUCGUUGCGGCUAGUGCGGGUAUGCUGGAAGAAAUUAUACGUGAUUACCAGAACGGCCCUCAGGCUGAUGCUAUCACAAACGGCGUAAAUGGUCUCAAGGUUAGCAGUGUUUAG